UUAAUGGGCAGGAAAGCGGAAAUGGCCCCGGUGCUGGCGGACUAAGAAAUGGGCUCCGCGCCUCGGAAGCCAUGGCUCGUUCCGCCGACAGCCGCAACGAGGACGUACAGUCCCGGCUGGGAGACGUGGUGGAUCCCCGGGAUGUGUCCCUGGAGGAGGUGCUCAGGUCCUACGAGCAGCCCAUCAACGAGGAGCAGGCGUGGGCGCUGAGCUUCCAGUGCUGUCGCCACCUCGCCGACACGCACCCGCCCAUCGCCACUCAGGUUCACGAGCUGUCCGCCAUCCUCGUCCACAGGGACGGGAGCGUGUCUUUAGUCCCCAACACAACACUGCAAGAUGAAGCUGACUGCUUUUCAUGGAAUCCAGAGCGACGGCUGGUCCAGUCGCUCGGUGUUGCCAUCUAUCGUGCCCUGGACUGGGGGCUGAAUGACAGUGAGGAGCGGGAGCUAAACCCGCAACUUGAGUGCCUUAUAGAAGGCAUGGCAGGAGGAGACGGUGACAGAGAUUUGGACUGCUACCCUGGGAACACAACGUCUGAUGAGGGGUACAGUGGCCAGGAAGAGGAGGAUGAAGAUAACUCUGGCAUCAGGCUGGUGUCUACCUUCCGCCAAGUCAUGAUGAUUUGUGCGUCUCGGCUGGUCAACCCCAGCUUGGCUGCGGAUCACUACCAGGCGGUAUGCAGAGCUCUGUUUGUAGAGACACUGGAGCUGCAGACCUUCCUCGCCAAGAUCAAAGAUGCUAAAGAGAUGCUGAAGAAGAUCACCAAGGAGGAAGCUGUGGAAGAAAGUGAGCUGGACAGCCUGAAACACAAAGACUGGGCUCGUUUGUGGGUCCAGCUAAUGAAGGACCUCAGGCAGGGAGUGAAGCUGAAGAAGGUCCACGAACAACCUUUCAACCCGCUGCCCACCGAGUUCAGCCUCACACCCUUUGAGAUUCUCAUGCAGGAUAUACGAGCAUGCAACUUUCAGCUGCGCAAAGUCAUGUUGGAUGGUGACAUUCCGACCAGAGUUAAGAGAAACGCUCAUGAAGUCAUUCUGGAUUUCAUCAGAUCGAGACCACCAUUAAAACCAGUUGCAGAACGUAGCCUGGCACCUGCUCCGCCACAACAACAAUCUCUGCAUGAGCAGGUCCUGGCUGAGAUCAAGCAGGAGCGAAAGCUCAGGCCUGUCGUCCUGCCCAGAUCACGACCAUUCGGAUCUAUGCCUUGCUUGGCUCAGACGUGUCCUUGUAGUUCCAAGUCCACUUCCUGUAUAGACCUGUCCAUCUCGGAGGCCGGGUCUCGGUCCCAGGUGCCAUCUCGCCCUCGCAUCCUUCUCAAAGCCCCGACUCUGGCGGAGAUGGAGGAGAUGAACGUGUCUGAGGAAGAAGAGUCUCCUGACACAUCGGAGCUGAGGAGGACAGAGAGCUCGCCGACGCCGCUCAAGCGAGAUCGCUCCUUUUCCGAACAUGACCUGGCUUUACUGCGUGGCGAGAUUCUUCCCUCGCUCUUGGAAUCCGUCCAUUUUGGCGACACGGUCGCACUGAAUGGCGGAAGGCCACGGUCGAGAACGCUGACGGGACCCGAGCUGCGUCCGAAACACAGAGCAUUCUUCCCACUUGAUGACUCCAUGUCCAGCUCUCCUGCUCGCUUGUCUCUGAGCUCUGUUGAUGAGGCCUCAGAAGGAUAUGAAAAGAUUUUCAACUGCAGAUCGGACGAGCAUCAGUGGAUGGAGGAGUUCAGCCACCCAGUGGAGAGUCUGGCCUUGACUGUUGAUGAGGUCAUCAACGUGCGCCGAGUGUUGGUCAAAGCGGAAAUGGAGAAAUUUCUUCAGACCAAGGAACUCUACAAUAACCUGAAAAAAGGCAAGGUUUGCUGUUGCUGCAGAGUCAAGUUUCCUCUUUUCUCUUGGCCAUCUUCCUGCUUGCUGUGCAAAAGACCAGCGUGUGCUGCUUGCAGUGCGAAGAUGAAGAUUCCCUCCAAGAAGAUGGCACAUAUUCCUGUGUACACUGUGGGUUUCCACAGCGCUCCGAAGAACCAUCAACACAGAAGCAAAGUUUACAAGCCAGGCUUUUCUUGUUUUGAUGGCGAGCUAAAGAAAGGAGCAUCUAGUCCAAGGAGUAUUCUUGGAGGAUUCCAGCCAGAAACCCCACCACCUGUUCGGUUUGGGCGGGUAGGAGGCUCUCGAGCCGACCCUUUACAUUUUUUUUUCCAUCUUUAACCUGCAGUGCACGAGCUGUACUGCCAUCCUUUUUUUCUAAGAACUCUAGGUCUGAACUGAGAUUUAUUCAGAUCCAGAAAUAUUAAUUAAUGAAAUUUGAAUUGUAUGUAUGUAUAUAGUGACUGUUGUCCCGAUUUAUUUCAUGUUGAAUGGCCAUUCAACUUAUUGUAUGUAUAUAUCUGCUGUCCCUCACAAAUUGUCUAAUACAUGUCAAGCAAACUACAGUUUAAGCUCUGCCUUUUCUCUCCAAGUCGAAAACCCUAGUCUUCUGUUCUGAGCCCAUAAAACCCCGUAUAUACAGUAUUGCAUUAAAUUUGUAGUACGUAUAGGUUACACACUGCUCCCCUCAUCUCCCAGGGGGUGAACAAGGGGAUGGGUCAAAUGCAGAAGACACAUUUCACCACACCUAGUGUGUGUGUGACAAUCAUUGGUACUUUAACUUAACUUAACUUAACAUAUGAACGUCACACCCCCUCUUGAUCGACAUAUUUUACAAUCAACAAAAAUGCAACAAACACAGCAAAAUAUGAACGUGAAGGGUCAAAAAACCCCACCUACAAUCUGAUAUAUCUUUUUUUUUUUUGUCCUGUCCAGCUUCUCAGGCAAAUCAUAUAGUUGAUGUAGAUGCCCAUAUCGGCUGUUCAGAUUUACUUUACAAAAGAGAAGUGUAGGAUACUCUUGUUGCCUUAUUUGUAUUUGACUUUAUUAAAUGUAUUUAUAUUAUCAUUUGGUGCAGCCGGGCCGGAGCAGGAGGGAAUAGAAAGAGAAAAAAAGGAAGACAGGGUCAAGAAUUGUGGGGACAAGAGGGGGAUUAGACAGAGAGACAAAAACCACAACAACAACAAUAACAACAACAACACCAAUAGAGCAACAUCAGCAAAUACGAUAUAUACAAACAUGAUGGUAAAAGUGAUAGCAAAGAAGCAAUUAGCCAAAUAAAUAAUGAUACAGAAAUGACAAUGAGCAUUAUUACACUACAAAUGGAGCAAUACAAAUAGAAAUAGCACUAUUGAUAAUGAACAAUACCAAUAACCUACCUCUAUUAUCAACAAUACAGCCGUUCAAAUGCAAUACAUAUACACAAUGACAACCAGAGAUACAAAAGAAUGCAGAAAAAUGGAGGGGAAGAAAGAGAAGCAACCUAUACUAACCUUGUAGAUUGUUACAGCAACACAUAGGCCAAGCUUUGCCAGUGCGCCAUGUGUUACCCAGUUUCCCCUAGAGCAGUGGUUCUUAACCUUGUUGGAGGUACCGAACCACACCAGUUUCAUAUGCGCGUUCACCGAACCCUUCUUUAGUGAAAAAUAAAAUGUUGUUUUUUUUCAAAUUCAAGACAAAGUUAUAUGUUUUUGGUAACACUUUAGUAUGGGGAACAUAUUCUAAGUAACAAAGACUUAAUUUAGAGUUAUUUGGUUAGGGUUAGGGCCAGGGUUAGAGGGUUAGGGUUAUAAGGUGGCCAUGCCGAAUAAGGCAUUAAUAAGUACUUAAUAAUGACUAGUUAAGAGCCAAUAUGUUACUAAUUUGCAUGUUAAUAAGCAACUAAUUAAUGGUGAAUAUGUUCCCCAUACUAAAGUGUUACCAUGUUUUUAUACUGGUGCACAAAAUGAACCGUGCAUGAACAUCACCUUGUUCAAAGAACAAAACCAACACAGUGCAUAAACUCACAACAAAUUACACACCUGCAAAUCAGUGUGACUUCUGCUGUUGCUGUAUCCGUAAUACGCGGAUAGGGAGAAGUUUUUAUUUACACGAUGAGUCGGGUGUGUCUUGACCUCCGCCGAACCCCUGAGCCCGACUCACCGAACCCAGGUUAAGAACCACUGCCCUAGAGCAACAAUGUUAAUAUAUGUUUGAUGAAACGUGAUUAUGUGCAUGAGUGUAUGUAUGUAUAUGUACUUGUAUAUGUACAGAAUGUGUAUAUGUAUGUUUGUACAGUUAAUGUAUAUGUACAGUUUGUGUAUAUGUAUGUUUGUACAGUGAAUGUGCGUGUGGAUGUACGAACUUUGAGUAUGUAGGUAUGUACUGUAUUUGUGUAUGUAUGUGGGAGAGUAGGUACCUAUGUAUGUAUGAAUACCGGUAUGUAUGUGAGUAUAUGUGUAUUUGUAUCUACAAUAUAUUUGACUCCCAGUGUGUGUGGGAGCCAGAGAGCCCAACCCACAAACAGCAGGUGUGGUGCCCAGGGAACCAGGGACCACCGGCCCCACAUAGCCAAGCCGGCCAGCGACAGGAACCCCAGAGCCAGGCCCACCGUGCCGCCCGUAAGAGCCAGCAGCAGGCCGCAGACAGACGCAACCGGCAGAGAGCAAGGCACGAGAGAAGCAGGGGACAGCCAGACCUCAAGCCAGCGAGAGACCACACCCCACACGGGCAGAAAGGCGGGACGCCCCGCCCGGGGGGCCCAGAGACUCCCCGCAACCGGACGGGAAGACCGCCCCCGCCCCACCAGCAAGCGGCCCCCCCCGAGCCCACCCCCACCCCCGGAGAGCACGGCGUGGCCCGCCCCCGGCCACCACUUCCGUGUCUGUCCCUUACACCCGCAUUUCAGGUUGGCUGCACUGGAAACACUUUGUGGAAACGCUCCCCACCCACACUGCUUGGUGCCUGGUCUGAGCUGCUGUGCCUUAAAUUACCAUAGUAACUAAUUAGAUUACCAUAGUAACUAGUAAAUCAUGCAAAAGCACAGAUUCUAAACAUUGAAAUACUUUGUAUAGUUCAAGACUUACGGUCAUUUGAAAACAGCACUGCACAUCAUAAUGGCAGUUCCAGUUUCUAUCUUAAAGAUCUAAAAAAAAUAUUUGGGAAUGUCCGGCGGGCCAGGUUGAAAUGCUUAACGGGCCUUAAUUUGCCCAGGUCUGCGCUAAAGUAUUAACAGUCUUUAGAAAUGUGCGUACGCCAGCUAUGAAGUUGCUGUGAGCCAGCCCACAUUUCCACGUCAAUGUCAGUUUUGAUGCAUCUCACCCUUGCCGUGAAAAAGGGCGUAUGGCAGGUUUUUGUGCAUACGCAAUCUUCGCUGCUCUGUACAUUGCUGCAUUCAUCUUGGUCUAGUCGGGAAGGUGUCCAAGAACCCGAUGGUCACUCUGUCAGAGCUACAGCAUUCCUCUGUGGAGAGAGCUGAACCUUCCAGAAGGACAACCAUCUGUGCAGCAAUCCACCAAUCAGGCCUGUCGAUUGGCCAGACGGAAGCCAUUCCUUUGUAAAAGUUUGCCAAAAUGAACCUGAAAGACUCUGACCAUGAGAAACAAAAUUCUCUGGUCUGGCGUCAUGUUUGGAGGAAAUUGCAGGCACCGCUCAAAACCAAGCCAAUACCAUCCCUACACUGAAGCGUGGUGGCAGCAUCAUGGUGCGGGGAUGUUUUUCUGUGGCAUGAACUGGUAGACUAGUCAGGGGAAAGAUGAAUGCAGCAAUUUAAAGAGAAAUUCUUGAUGAAAACCAACGCUUCCCAUCCAACCUGAUGUAGCUUGAAAGAUGUUGCAAAGAGGAAUGGGAAAAACUGCCCAAAAAUAGGUGUGCCAAGCUUGUGGCAUCGUAUUGAAAAAGACUUGAGACUGUAAUUGCUGUCAAAAGUGCAUCAAUAAUAUAUUGAGCAAUGACUGUGAAUAAUUAUUAGAUUUUUUAAAUGUUUUUUUUUUUUUUUUUUAAUUUCCCCAUUUUAAAAAAAAAAAAAACUUUUCACAUUGUCAUCAUGGGAUGUUUGGGGGAAUUUUGAGAACAAAAAUGUAUUUAUUCAAUUUAGGAAUUGAGCUGUAACAUAAAAUGUGGAAAAAGUGAAGCACUGUGAAUACUUUGCGUGUGCACUGUGUCCACAUGGCAGACAUUGCCUCCGCUCAAGACAAUCGCGUGUCUUACUCACGUCAUCACAACAUUCCGUUUCGGCAGAGCUGUUUCGGUGUUCUUUCUCUGGCUAAAUGUUUGGUGCAUCACUAGUCUGUGUGAAUAAUAGGCUGUAUAUACAUUCAUACAAUGUAUUACUUUCAUUUGUUUUUACGUAAAACACCCUCCUUUGUAAGAUGUGGGGGCUUUUAUUUUGCUGUGGCUGCGCACCACAAUCAAUUAAAUAUAGGGGAAACCCUGCAAUUGUAUUUGUGUCAAAAUAUUGAGGUAUUUUCGUAUAAAAGAUAAUUGUAUUUAUGCACGCAAGUUAUUUAAUGUGAUUAAUCAAAAUGUAAAAAUGUGAUUAAUCGUAAUUCAUCGUCUGACAGCACUAGUUACGACUUGCAUUAGUUCGGGGGUCGGCCACCCACAGCUUUAGAGCUGCAUCAUCUUUAGUGCUACCCUCGUGGCUUCCCGGAGCUUUAUUUUCUUUAAUAUUUUUGGUUUUAAUAUGGUUUCUGUAGAAGGACAACUAUGACACAAACUUUCUUAACUGUUAGAAAGCCCACUGUUUAAUAUGUUUGUGUUUAUGCUUCUCUGAAGAGGGUAUUUGGCGAGUGCUGUUUUGUCCUACUAAUUUUGGCAGUCCUUGAACUCACCGUAGUUGUGUGGACUGUGACGCAAAAGUUUGUUUACAUGUAUAACAAUCUCCAACGCUGCCAGAGAAAAACGUGUUUUAUGUCCACCAAACAUUUUAUGCUGUGCGUGAAUGCACAAAGGUGAGCUUUGUUGAUGUCAUUGACUUGUGUUGAGUGCUAAUCAGGAAUAUUUGGUCCGUGCAUGGCUUCAAGCUAAUCGAUGCUAUCAUGCUAUUUAGGCUAGCUUUAUGUACAUACUGCAUCAUUAUGCCUCAUUUGUGGUAUAUUUGAGCACAUUUAAUUUCCUUUACCUAUGUGAAAUUUACAAACCCCGUUUCCAUA